GACGGCUACCCGGAACACAUAGAGAUUGGAAGCCACGUUGACAAUGAAGUGGUGUUUUGUUUCAUUCCAAAACCGGUGAAAUAACGGUAACUGCACCGGUGUGUCUGUCCAGCGGCCAAAGGGGGUUGAAAAUCGUACAGAAGGACAAGCCACUUCACCGGAAAGAUGAGUGUAGGAUUCAUCGGAGCCGGCCAGCUGGCUCACGCGCUGGUGAAAGGGUUCGCAUCUGCGGGUGUAAUAGCUACUCAGAGAAUCAUAGCCAGUUCUCCAGAUACUGAUCUGCCUACUGUUGCUGGCCUGAGGAAAAUGGGUGCUAUCCUCACCACCAGUAACAAGGAGGUGGUGAACAAGAGUGAUGUCCUGUUCCUGGCAGUCAAACCCCACAUCAUCCCCUUUGUGCUGGAUGAGAUUGGACCAGACAUAGAGGAUAGACACCUUAUAGUGUCCUGUGCUGCAGGAGUCACCAUCAGCUCUAUAGAGAAGAAGCUGCUUCAGUACCGUCCGUUCCCCAAGGUGAUGAGGUGUAUGACCAACACCCCCGUCGUGGUGAGAGAGGGAGCUACAGUCUACGCUACAGGAACACAUGCUGAGGUGGAGGAUGGUAAGUUGUUGGAACAGCUGAUGGCCAGUGUUGGGUUCUGUACAGAGGUGGAGGAGGACCUUAUCGAUGCCGUCACCGGCCUCAGUGGCAGCGGCCCCGCCUACGCGUUCACAGCUCUGGAUGCCCUAGCCGAUGGAGGGGUGAAGAUGGGUCUACCCAGGAGACUAGCGGUCAGACUGGGAGCUCAGGCACUACUGGGAGCAGCUAAGAUGUUGUUGGACUCUGAGCUGCACCCUGGCCAGCUGAAGGACAACGUGUGUUCCCCUGGGGGAGCCACCAUCCACGCCCUGCACGUGAUGGAGAGUGGCGGAUUCCGCAGUCUGCUCAUCAACGCCGUGGAGGCUUCUUGUAUCAGGACACGGGAGCUGCAGUUCCUAGCGGACCAGGAGCGCAUCUCCCCGGCAGCCAUUAAGAAGACCACCCUGGACAAGGUCCUGCAGCAGCCUGGGGUCAGCCAGGGGUCAGGGGUCAACGGCAAGCCAGGACUCAGCCUCAGGAGAAACCCCCCAGGACCUGUCAAGAAGAACAACUGAGAUGGAGACACACACACACCACCUAUAACACCAGGACUCAGCGUCAGGAGAAACCCCCCAGGAUCUGUCAAGAAGAACAGCGAUGGAUGGACACACACACUCUCUCUCACAACAUUUGGAAAUGCAGCUUGCACAGACCCAUAGCGUUGUCUGACAGGGAGUCUGUGUACACACACGUGAACAGAAAUGCAUGUACAACAUGCCCCCUAUCUACCUUGUCUUCAGUCUGUCUGAGGAUGUGUGUCUCCGCGGUGAUAACGACCCAAUGGGCCAAAACAUCUGUGAAUAUUUCAGAUAGAAAUGCAAUGCAUAGAGCUGACAUGAGUCCUUAUUCUGCAUGACAGAGGAAUGCAUAGAAUCUGUUCUUUGCAAUUCAUUUCUUUCUGAGCGUUUUCUUUUUAAUGUUGCCCCUGCAGCCGAAGCAGGCAACAGAUGGCUUCAGUGAUGGCUUUUUUUGCCUGAUGACUCAAACUGAAUUCUUCCCACUGCUCUGUUCACUGCACAUGUUGAAGUUGUUUGUGGUGAUGUCAUAAUGAGGGAUGUUGUACAAAAGUGAUCAGCGAUUGGAUCACCUCGAACCAAUCAGAGCAUCAAAGCCAAUGACACUUUUUUUUUUUUUAAAUGCCUCUUUACUCACGUGUGCUUUGGUUCUGGCCCAACCCAUUGGUUUCUGGGACCAAUCGGAACCUUUGUGUUUGUGUUCAGGACAACCGUCAGGGGCGGGGUACUCAGAUCUAGACUCAUUGCGGAGAAUUAAUGCUAGUGGUCUAGCGUUUUCAUGGGAGCAAGGCGUUUGGGUACCUAGGCAAGCCAUUUCUAAGGUAGUGUCCCAAAUUGCACCCUAUUCUCCCCCUCCCCAAUAGGGGUCAAUGGUAGUGCACUAUAAAGGAAAUAGGCUGCCAUUUGGGAUUUACGCCAAGUGUACUAUACAGAGAGUUCCAAUGUAUUUAAUAUGAAGCCAGAUCACGCCAUGAAAACCCUUUUAUUUUGCUUGUUGUGAUUUGCUUGUCAUUAUUCUUGGCCUACAGUGUUAUUUUAUGGACUGACUGAACAACAAUUGUUUUUGUUUUUUACAUAUUCUAUUGUCCGUAUGUUGCGGUCACCAUCAGGACAAAAAAUGAACACUAGCCACCAGACAAGUGAACACUAGCCACCAGACAAGUGAACACUAGCCACCAGACAAGUGAACACUAGCCACCAGACAAAUGAACAGUAGCCACCAGACAAGUGAACACUAGCCACCAGACAAGUGAACACUAGCCACCAGACAAGUGAACACUAGCCACCAGACAAAUGAACAGUAGCCACCAGACAAGUGAACACUAGCCACCAGACAAGUGAACACUAGCCACCAGACAAAUGAACAGUAGCCACCAGACAAGUGAACACUAGCCACCAGACAAAUGAACAGUAGCCACCAGACAAGUGAACACUAGCCACCAGACAAAUGAACAGUAGCCACCAGACAAGUGAACACUAGCCACCAGACAAAUGAACAGUAGCCACCAGACAAAUGAACACUAGCCACCAGACUAGUGAACACUAGCCACCAGACAAAUGAACAGUAGCCACCAGACAAAUGAACACUAGCCACCAGACAAGUGAACACUAGCCACCAGACAAGUGAACACUAGCCACCAGACAAAUGAACAGUAGCCACCAGUCAAGUGAACACUAGCCACCAGACAAGUGAACACUAGCCACCAGACAAGUGAACACUAGCCACCAGACAAAUGAACACUAGCCACCAGACAAGUGAACACUAGCCACCAGACAAGUGAACACUAGCCACCAGACAAGUGAACACUAGCCACCAGACAAAUGAACAGUAGCCACCAGACAAGUGAACACUAGCCCCCAGACAAAUGAACACUAGCCACUAGUAAUCUGCAUAGAUUACCAGAACUAAACCAGAUCUGGAGAUGUGUUCAACAUCUCAGUAACCACAGCAACGUGAUGUAACAAUCUGAUCAUCUGCAUAGAUUACCAGAACUAACCCAGACCUGGAGACAUGUUCAACAUCUCAGUAACCACAGCAACGUGAUGUAACAAUCUGAUCAUCUGCAUAGAUUACCAGAACUAAACCAGACCUGGAGACGUGUUCAACAUCUCAGUAACCACAGCAACGUGAUGUAACAAUCUGAUCAUCUGCAGACAUAUUCAGUCUAUCUGUUAAGUGAGGAAGACUCAUCCUUCAGCGAAGAAGAUGCUACCAUGUUAUUAUGUCUCUCUGAAAGGGAAUGUGGUAUUUAACCUUCCAGUAUAUCUACUUUAUCUCUGUCGUCAGUGUAUGUGUAUGUUUUGAUACUGAUUAGGAAAAUGUGUAUGGUCAAUUACCAAAGGCUCUGUCCUACAUUGUAUAUUGAGUUAGCAUAUGUUAGUGAAAGGAGGCAAGUCGAGGAAGCUACUUACCAUAGAGUAUUGGGAUGCAGCCCAGCUCUAGCUGUUCAGUUGUUUCAACUCAGCAUCUGGAGACACAGAGGAAGUCACAGUACAGUAUGAUGAUGUCCUGCCCCCCCCCCCCCCCCCCCCCCCCCCUUUGCCUUGACAAGUACAGUUCUACAGAUGUCAUGGCCCGUCAUCGUCACGUACUCAACGGGGGACAGACGGGGUACAGUUUCAACCCCAGUGCCCCCGCGGAUACAAAUAGACAUUUGUGAAGAGUGGCUGUGUACCAAAUGGCACCCUGUUCCCUACAUAGUCCUCUAAGGGUCCUGGUCUAGUGUUGUCUACUAUACAGGGAAUGUGGUGGCAUUUGGGAGUCAGGAUGCAGACAGUUUUUCCCUCACUGCCAUAGAUACGGAUUCUGAUUGGUUGGUGAGGGAGGAAACGAGCCGACCGGUUUUAGAACCCUGUCGGCAUUCUGAAGGAGGUGGGUGACAUCUCAGGUCCAGGAGAGGUUCAGGUCAGGGUGGAUGUGGCAUUCUAUACCCUAUACAGUGCAACACUUCUGACUAGGACCCAUAGGGCUGUGGUCAAAAGUAGUGCACUAGGAAAUGUGGGUGCCAAUGAGCAUGCACAGACUGGCUCUACUUUUUGGUGGCACAUUGAUAUUUAAAUUGUUAUGGGGGUGACCCCCAGCCCUCCUGCAAUUCAAAUCAUGGUUCAUUUCCUGUCUUUUUUCUCUCCUUUUAUACUCUAAACUUUAAAGUCAAACUAAAAGAAAGUCAUCCAAGUUCAUUUUACUUCUACAAUAACUUUUAUAUUGCCUUCAACAAUAUUACAGGACACAGGCCAAUUGUUUGUUUGCCUCUGAAAUAUGACUGCAGAAGACCAUGUUGUGUGAGAGUUGUCCUCCACGGCGUGUCCAUUGUAAAGUCUGCAGUUUGAAUAGAAGACAUACUUUACGAGGCACCAGGUGUAGAAGGUAAUGACAAUAUGCAGGGAAACCGUGGAGACAAGCGUCAGUGGAGAUAAAUGUUCCCCAAUCACAGCGGAACAAUACUAACCGCUUGCAGCCUACAGGAUUAGCUAGAUUACGGUUAAAAGUGGCCUUUGAUUAAAGUGUGUGUGUGUAAAAAAUAAAUAAAGGCCUUGAUUAAAA